AUGCAGGCGUAUAUUGUGUACAUGGGAUCACUUCCUGAGACUGGAUACUCACCUCCAUCUCACCAUCUCAAAUUGAUCCAAAAAGUUUGUAAAUCUAAUUCUGCAUCGAGCUUAUUGAUAAGAAGCUAUGAAAGGAGCUUCAAUGGAUUCGCUGCUCAUCUAACUCUUGCCGAGAGUAAGCAGCUGGAAAAUUCGAAAGAUGUAGUCUCUGUGUUUCCAAGCAAGAAUCAUGAACUGACGACAACAAGAUCAUGGGACUUUCUCGGAUUUGAUGAGAGAGCGAAACGAGAGAGUGUGAAAGAAAGUGAUGUCAUUGUUGGAAUGUUGGACACCGGAAUCUGGCCGGAAUCUGAGAGCUUCGACGAUAAAGGUUUUGGUCCGCCUCCAAAGAAAUGGAAAGGUUCUUGUAAAGGUGGCCAAAACUUCACUUGCAACAACAAACUCAUCGGAGCUAGGUAUUACAGCAAGUCAUCCGUGUCAGCAAGAGACGAAGAAGGCCAUGGGAGCCACACGGCGUCAACGGCUGCCGGUAACGCUGUUCCAUCGGCUAGCUUUUACGGCCUGGGCCAAGGCACGGCUCGCGGUGGAGUUCCCUCGGCGAGGGUCGCCGCCUAUAAAGUCUGCAUCAAGAACAUUGGCUGCAGCGACGUAGAUGUCCUUGCAGCGUUUGAUGACGCCAUAGCAGAUGGUGUUGACGUCAUCUCGAUGUCGAUCGCAACCGAUUUUUUAUCCAAUCUGAUGACCAAUGCUAAAGCCAUCGGUUCGUUCCACGCAAUGUCUAGAGGGAUUGUCACGGUGUGCUCCGGCGGGAACAAUGGACCCGACCUAGGGACGGCCGGGAAUGUAUGGCCGUGGGUGAUAACCGUCGCUGCAAGCGCUACGGACCGGCGUUUCGUUGACAGAGUCGUUCUUGGCAACGGAAAAGCUUUAACGGGUUUGUCAAUUAAUCCAGUCGACUUCAAUGGGACAAAGUAUCCAAUUGUUUACGGCCGCAACGUUUCAAGAAGUUGUCCUGAGCUCCAAGCCGGUUUUUGCUCAAGUGGGUGUGUGGACAGCGAGCUAGUCAAAGGGAAGAUCGUCCUCUGCGACGACUACGACGGACACAAACAGGCUUACUUAUCCGGAGCCGUUGGAGCCAUUGUUCAAAACACAUUGGUUCAAGACACUGCCUUUGCGCUUCCAUUGCCUGCCUCUUCAGUGAGCUUGGAGGACUGUGACUCUAUCAAAACAUACAUCAACUCUACAGAAAACCCACAAGCGGAGAUACUGCGAACCGAAGAGAUAGUUGACAGAGAAGCUCCUUAUGUUCCAUCUUUCUCUUCUCGCGGGCCAAGUUACAAUAUCCAGAACAUAUUGAAGCCAGACGUAAGUGCACCUGGAUUGGAGAUUCUGGCUGCAUUUUCUCCGCUAGGUUCUCCUUCAGGACUCCCUGGGGACAAGAGAAGUGUGAGGUUUAGUGUAGUGAGUGGCACAUCCAUGGCAUGCCCUCAUGUGGCAGGUGUAGCGGCUUAUGUCAAGUCGUUUCACCCAGACUGGUCUCCCUCGGCAAUCAAAUCCGCUAUCAUGACGACCGCUAAGCCCAUGAACAAUACGAAAAAUACCGAGCAAGAAUUUGCAUAUGGUUCUGGACAAAUCAACCCUACCAAAGCCACCGACCCGGGACUUGUGUAUGAACUAGAGCCAGAAGAUUACCUCAAAAUGCUAUGUACAGAGGGUUUUAAAUCAGCGCUGCUCACAAAAGUCUCAGGACAGAACGUCGAUUGUUCAGACAGAAUAGAAACCAAGGAUUUGAAUUACCCAACAAUGGCUUCGUUUGUCUCUCCUCUUGCUCCAUUCAACAUCACGUUUAGAAGAACCGUGACUAACGUUGGACUUCCAAACUCCACGUACAAGGCGAGUGUGGUUCCUCUACGGCCGGAGAUUCAGAUCAGCGUAGAACCGGAAACUCUGAGCUUCAAUUCCCUCAAGGAGAAGAAAUCGUUUGCUGUGACCAUCUCUGGUAAAGACCUCAAGGAUGGAGGUAUAAUAAGCUCGUCUCUGGUCUGGUCUGAUGGUAGUCACAGUGUCAGAAGUCCCAUCGUAGCUCACUCAAUCAAGCUUUAUAACUAA